AUGCAUGCGGCCAACGGAAACAUCCACUACGCCACUGGUCCCAACGACAACCGCCUGGACACGGUGGAGCGCCUCCGCAGCCUAGCGGAAAGAGGGGACAGGUACGUCUGGCGUCCAGAGAGGAGUGUGGGCGACGCGCUAAAGGAGGCAGAGGGGGAGCUCCCGGUGAUGACGGUACAAACAUCACUCCUGGGGGGCUCGCAAAGUACGGCGCCGCCAGCCACUCAGCAUUGCUAUCUAGGGCGGGCGGACGUAUUAAUAGAGGACGUUGAGAGGGAGACGCAUCCCCCGGCACAGGCUUCCACUUCAAGCAAGACUGCAGCAGACAUCCCCGGCCAGAGUGACAAAGCACCCAGCGCACCUGAGGCUACCGGGGGUUGCUCCGAAGAGGGGGGUUCCCUGGGAGAGGCGGCGACAGUAGCAGGCAAACUAAGGCGUACCCUGUAUCGGCGGCUACGGGGGUCGAUAAAAAAGCCAACAGCGAACGGGAAGAGAGAGGAAGAGGGAGUGGUUUUCAUGCGCGAAAUGGCCGCGGGAUUACCGCCCGGAACCCCUUCUCCGGACGGGGUUGGAGGCAGAGAGAUCCUGGGGCGAGGGAUGAACGCAUCAACCCGUCCCUCAGUCGGGCCACGUGGAGCUUUGUGGGGGGAGGGGGACUCGGCUGCAAACCGCCGUGGGCAACUCGGUGGACACGACCAAGGCGAACAUCAGAAUCCUAGCCUUAUAGACCCGCCUCCUGGAACUGAUAAGGGGAUACGGUUGCACAUUCCCCACCGGGGUCCCCCGGGCAGUCCCUCUGCGGGCAGACAUCCCAGCAGAGGUGGCCUUAAGGGAAGUACUUGA